AUGCACCGAACUGGUCGUCGACGUCAUGCAGCUAUUAUACUAUUCGAUAUAAAAGCUGCCUUUGACUCUGUCUGGCAUGAUGGACUAAUCUACAAAUUAAAUGACCUAGGUCUUCCACCUUACUUAAUGAAUUAUCUCAUAUCAUUCUUACAAAAUCGAACUGCUGCAAUCGAAAUGGAAAGCACACUAUCAACACCAUUCAACUUAAAUAGCGGUACUCCACAAGGAUCUCCUUUAUCACUACUAUUAUAUAUUAUAUAUACAGCAGAUUCAAUGAAUGAAAUAUCGGAUCACACUGAACAUGGCUUAUUUGCCGACGACAUCGCUCUAUGGACUUCGUCAAACACAAUAUCAAGUCUUAGCUUCAGUUGGCUUGGCUUCAAAAUUCAUGAUUUGCUUCAUUUAAAUUUUCGUGAUACUAAUGAAACAAAUAUAUCGGAAAAGUUCCAGGAAUUAGUUGACAAAAUUUAUGCAGUUGUACCUGAUUAUGAUCUACAAGCUGCUAUGGCAGAAGAAGGGGGUGAUGGAUACUACUAUGGCGAUGAUGGCGCUUACAGCGAAGGUGAAGGAAGCAAUGUAGAUGGUGAGAAUAAUGAUGAAGAAGGAGACGACGAAGAAUAA